AUGGCUUUGGCACACGAUGACUACACAAUCGCGUGGAUCUGUGCCUUGCCACCCUCUACUGAUCCGAACGCCUACGUACUCGGUGAAUUGAACGGCCAUUAUAUAGUCAUUGCUUGCCUACCAACUGGCACAUAUGGAACCGUAUCUGCUGCGACCGUUAUAUCUCACCUGGUUUCAACCUUCCCCCGAAUUCAAUUUGGACUGAUGGUGGGAAUUGGGGGAGGGGUUCCGAGCACAAGCAAUGGCAUUCGAUUGGGUGAUGUGGUGGCCAGCAAGCCGGUUGGAAAGUAUAGUGAGGUGGUCCAAUAUGGUUACGGCAAGACUCUUCUGAGGCAUAUGGCCCAUCUUGAGGCAAUUCAAAUGAUAAGAAAAGAGGAUAUCAUUUCCAAGAUAGUAAAUCAGCAGACGGAUUGUUUAUUUCGUUCCACCUAUCCCCAUGGUGACAACAAAGGCAGUUGCGAAAAUUGUGAUAAAGAGCAAUUAGUCUAUCACCAUCCGCGCGAUACCAGGACACCUCAUAUCCACUAUGGGUUGAUUGCUUCGGGAGACCAGGUUAUGAAGGACUCUAAAACAAGAGACCUUUUAGCUCAGCAGCAUGGAUCAUCUGCUUUGAGAUGGAGGCCGCAGACCUUAUGGAUGUGCUCCCGACACUUGUGGUCCGAGGGAUAUGACUAUUGUGACACUCACAAGCACAACGAGUGGCAGGGCUAUGCGGCUUUGACUGCAGCUGCCUAUACAAAAUUGCUGUUGUCAGUCGUGCCUGUUUCCCGUACAGAUGAGCGCUCGAAGAAGAACAACAAUAGAGUCUAUCACUGGAUGGUCCCACUGGCAAGGAAUCCACGAUUUGUUGGUCGGCAAGAUGUAAUCAAGAAAUUAGAACAAUCAAUUACAGUGCACAAGGGGGCAGAAAAGGUCGCAGUUACGGGUUUAGGGGGGGCUGGGAAGACCCAGGUGGUUUUGGAGCUAGCUUACCGCAUACGAGACCGAGAUCGGGAGUCCUCGUUAUGA